UCAGGCAGAGGGAACCACUUACAUGUGCACAUGCGCAUACAUGCAUGUGGCAUCCACGCAGCUCCCCUGCAGGUCAGGACACUCUUUGUGAGCGGCUUGCCUCUGGACAUCAAGCCUCGGGAGCUGUAUCUGCUUUUCAGACCAUUCAAGGGUUAUGAAGGUUGUCUUAUAAAGCUCACGUCUAAACAGCCUGUGGGAUUUGUCAGCUUUGACAGUCGCUCUGAAGCAGAAGCUGCUAAGAAUGCUCUGAAUGGAAUUCGCUUUGACCCUGAAAUUCCACAAACCCUACGCCUAGAAUUCGCCAAAGCAAACACGAAGAUGGCCAAAAGCAAACUAGUGGGGACACCGAACCCGAGCACUUCUGUUCCUAACACUGUACCUCAGUUCAUAACCAGAGAGCCAUAUGAGCUCACAGUGCCUGCACUUUAUCCCAGUAGCCCUGAAGUGUGGGCGCCGUACCCUCUGUACCCAGCGGAGCUAGCACUUGCUCUACCUCCUCCUGCUUUCACCUGUCCCGCCUCACUGCAUGCCCAGAUGCGCUGGCUUCCUCCAUCAGAGGCUGCUUCUCAGGGCUGGAAGUCCCGUCAGUUCUGCUGAAUACUGUGUAUCAGGUGUGUGAUGGUGGCUACAAUCAGUCUUGUGGGUAUUAAUGGCUCCUUCCAGGGUGGAUGCUGGUUUCCCCUGGUCGCUACAAAACUACAGUGUGCUGGUAAGUUGGAGACAAUCUUGAGUCCACCCAGGACUGGCCACACAGAAGGAGUUAAGCAUCACACAACGCUCAGUGUUGGAAUGCUAUGCUUUUUGGUAUCUUGUCACCUAGUGGAAACCUCAGUACCAAGAGAGGUGCCAAUCCCCUACUCCAGGCCUGAGGCUCCUUACUCUGAGCUGCACAAAUCUCAGAUGGGGAUUCACAAUCCUGACCCUGCUGCCCUUGUCUGAGGGGAUCUGAUCCUACAGCUCUCACCUUCUAGAUGCAUGGGCUGGUCACUAGGCUGUGGGCAUUCUUAGAUGAGAGAUCUUUAACUGCCUUCUGUGGUAGUUGGACUAAUUAAGUAGCUGUUGGGCUAAUGAGAGAGUAUUCAUGUAUAACCUGUUCAGGUUGCUGUGCUUUUGAGACCACCUGUCAGCUCAUACCUUUCAGUAAAGCCACUAUAGGAAUGCCUCACAUGUGGACCCUGACACACCUUAGUGGGAGCUAGUUGUCAAGCUGCUUA